UUUUUUUUUUUUUUUUUUCUUCUUCAAAAUGCCUAAUUCAACUUUCCCAGCUGUCAUUUCUUUUGCGGAUAAAAAAAAUUCUACCCCCGUUAUCACCGCUAGAUUCGGUGACGAGGAUGAUGAAGAUUUUGGUGUCCGUAUGGCUAAUGCUGUUGAAGUGCAAGAAAUAGAUAUUAAUUUAUAUAUGAGUAAAGAAUUAUGGUUACCAGCAGGUGCACGUGGUGCAUUUGGUGGUCAGAUUGUAGCUCAAGCUUUAAGAGCCGCAUUCUACACUGUUGCAGAUGAAUUCGAUAUACAUUCGCUUCAUAGUUAUUUUAUUUUACCUGGUAAUGUAGAGGUACCGGUUAUUUACCAAGUUCAACGGCUUCGGGAUGGUAGAUCAUAUGCUACUCGAUUUGUUACUGCUUCUCAAAAAGGCAAAGCCAUCUUUGUAUGUAGUUUUAGUUUUACAAAACCAGAUACUAGUGUUCAAUUGAAUCAUCAAACUGAGAUACCAAAAGUACCUGAACCAGACUCACUUCCAUCUGAUGUAGAAUUAUUACAAAAGGCGUUGGAUCAAAAUGAUUUACCUCCUAAAUAUCGUGAAUUUAUUAAAAUACAAAUUGAAGAAAGUUCACCAGUAGAUUACAGAGAAAUCAAUAUUCCUCAGCCUAGCUUAAUUGCUCGACGCUGGUUUAAGACAAGAGGACAACUUGGUUUAGACAAAAGACUCCAUGCUUGUGUUAUUGCAUAUGCUUCAGAUAGUGGUUUUGUUGGUACGGCUGCAAAAGUAAAUGGAGUACCUUCAAGAGGUAUUGGUAUGCUUGCAAGUUUAGAUCAUUCUAUGUGGUUUCAUGCGCCUGCUAAAGCUGAUUCAUGGCUAUUAUAUGAUAUGCAUAGCCCUCGAACUAGCAACGGACGUGGAAUGGCAUUUGGUAGAAUUUAUAGUAAAGAUGGCACAUUGGUUGCUACUACUGCACAAGAAGGUGUUCUCAGACUAUCCAAACGUGAACAAGAAAAAAGAAGAAAUUUAAUUGAGAGUAGAAGCAAGUUGUAAAUGUUUCAAAACAAUAUACAUAAAUAUAUACAUUAUUUAUUUAGCUACAUAUUCCUCUAUUUAUACAAUAAUAAAGCAUAUUAGAUUAUUUAUUCUCAAA